AUGAAAAAGAAGUGUAACUUAAAUAAGGAAGUGACUGGAAAGUCAAGUUCAGUCAGUGAAGAUGAGGAUUCAGUUGUAGAAGAAUCUUAUGUUCUUUUUGAUUUCCCAGAAUUCCACUCCACAACCAUUUUUCAUGACUCUAAAUUUGAAUUGGUGUCGACGGAUAAGGAUUCAGGCUCACUUUUUAGAAUCUCAAACUGCAGUUUCGAUACACUUCGCAUAAAUAAGUUGGAUACUGAGAAUCCAACAUGUUUAAUUAACGAAUAUUUGCCCUUAAAUGGGAGUAACAUUUUGAAUGGAAUGACCUAUAUAUUAGUGAAUAAAGACAGUUUGAACGGGUCAUCAGAUGCAGUAAACAAGUUAUCAAGGCCACACCUUGAAAAUAACUCAGACGUAUGGUACACGAGUAAAUGUAUAGAAUUCAGCACUGAUCAAUAA